CCUGCAGGUCGGAGUGGACUCACUUGAAGACUUUAAGAUGGACGAGUGGACGGAUCCAACAGCUGACUGAACAAACUUAGAAGAAAUGAGACUUAAAUAAAAGAAAGGACUUGUGUUUACUCUCAGAGCUCCUUUCUUCAAUCCUCCUCAUCAUGCCUAAUAUCCAUCGAUCCCCGAAGUCCUCUCAUCCGUUAUCUCGUGCUCCACCUUCACUGACUCCUCCCAUCGAUGUCUUCUCCACCACCUCCUCUCACACCAACACCACCGUCAACCCAGCAGCUGGUUUCAUCAACGGCCUGUUGGACAGCAUCCCCUUGCCUCGAUGGGCAAUAUUCAUCAUCUUCGUGGUCGGCGUUCUGGUGAUUCUGCUCUGCUGUGUGUGCAUCUGCAUCAAGUGCUGCCGCAGAUCGAAGAAGAAGCAGAAGAAGAAGAAGAAGGACGAGAAGAUCAAUCUGAACGGAAAAACUACCACGUCUCUGGUUCAGCCGGAUGUGAAUGAUGUGGACUACGGUUCGGCCGGACAGCUGAGAGGAAAGCUGCUCUACUCGCUGGACUACAAAGCCGCUCAGUCUGAGCUCAUCGUGGGGAUCAAACAAGCCAACAGCCUGAAGGCCAUGGACCUGGGGGGAAGCUCAGACCCGUACGUUAAAGUCUACGUCUGCCCCGACAAAGCAAAAACCUGCGAGACCAAAGUGUUCAGGAACACGCUGAGCCCCGUCUUCAAUGAACAAUUCAACUUCCAGAUAUCCAAGUCUUCCCUCCUGAAGUCAACGGUGGUGAUGCAGGUGUUUGACUUCAACAGAUUCUCCAAACACAACAUCAUCGGCGAGCUCCGGGUGCAGCUCUGCAACGUCGACUGGAACCACGUCAUCGAGGAGUGGGAGGACCUCGGAGAGCCCGCCAAGUUUGAGGAUGAAAACCUGGGCGAGAUCUGCUUCUCUCUGCGUUACGUUCCCACCGCCGGCAAACUGACUGUGGUGAUCCUGGAGGCCAAAAACCUGAAGAGCAUGGACAUCACUGGGGCUUCAGAUCCUUAUGUGAAGGUGCAGCUGGCUCUGGAUCGGAGGAAGUGGAAGAAAAGGAAGACGACAGUGAAGAGGAAGACGCUGAGCCCUUAUUACAACGAGUCGUUCACCUUUGACGUGACGUUUGAACAAAUCCAGAAGGUGCAUCUGGUGAUCUCAUUGUGGGACCACGACGCCAUGACCCGAAACGACACCAUGGGGAAGAUCUUCCUGGGCUGCGAUGCCACGGGGAACCAGCUGAGGCACUGGGCCGACAUGUUGUCCAACCCGCGGCGGCCGGUUGCUCAGUGGCACAACCUGCUGUCGGCAGAGCAGGUCAACUCCACCCUGACUCUGAAAAAGAAGAUUCCCCUGUCCAGCAGACUUCCCUUUUGAAGACACACACACACACACACACACACACACACACACACACACACACACACACACACACACACACACACACACACAAACACACCACACACACACACUCUGAGGGGUCCUUACAAACAUGAAAACAUCCACAACACAUUAUUGUAAGCAUAGCUAAAUAUUUUUUUUUUUUAAUGUAACUUCUCAGAUCCUUGAAUCUAUCUGAUUAGUUUGUAUUUUAAAACGUCACACCAAAAAUCAUAUUUUCGUAUUAAUUGUAAAUGAUGCGUCACAUUUCAUUUGUGACCUGGAGCUCUUCCUUCUUCAUGUCUGAAUUGUAUUAUUUAGGUGUGUUUGGACCAAAAGCAAAAACAAAUAUUCAUGUUGUGUUACUCAGGGUGAGUUAUGCUUUGGGUGCUGAAUUAUUAAAGAAAGAAUGUGAGACUUUUUGAUCCAGUAGGUGUCACCCUUGGGCACCAGCAUGAGACCAAAACAAAUUUCUGUUUGGCCACACCUCCUCCAUACUGAAGCCUCCACUCUCCUCCAGAGACACACCUCCAUCCCCCCUCCACUCGCCCUUGCACAAGAAGUUUAGUGCGGGCGGCGGACCAAAUUGUCCUUUGCUCGAGCUGCAAUCACCUGUGUCCUGCAUUUUUGUGUUAGCAUGCUAAUGUUAGCGCCCUUU